CGGAAGCCGGAAGUGAUCCACCAGAUGCUAGCAGCAGCAGCAGCAGCAGGAGCAGGAGCAUUAUCUGGCCAUUGGAGAAGCGAAGGAAGCUUACAACUUGAAAGCGACAACUCGUUUAAUUCAGCACUUGACUGUGUAGUUUCCUGGUGUGUUUUCGUGAUAAGAACAUCAUUGGUGUAAAUCUGGAAAGGCAUGGCUGCGGAUUGGCUGGGUAGUUUGAUGUCAAUAAAUUGUGGACCGACACUAGGCGUCUAUCAGGGAGAGGUAUCAUCAGUGGACCAGUCCUGUCAAACGAUAUCUCUUCGACAACCUUUUCACAAUGGCGUCAAGUGCCCGGUUCCAGAGGUCACAUUCAGUGCCAUUGACAUAAAGGAGCUAAAGAUCUUGGAUAUCAGAAAUGGAAGUAAUCAGAACAGCUUUCUAGUGUCGACCAGUGCAAAUAGUACCCCAGUUGCAGUUCCAAAAGGUGACCCUAGAACUGUAGAUGCUGUGAACUCUCCACAACACUUUUCAAAAAGCUAUGGAGAACGCCACCUGGAUGUCCCUAAGGGCUUUAGACGAAAACACAACUCAUGGUCAUCUAGCAGUCGAACUGCAAACCAAGUCACCCCCAAGAAGAACGGGGUGAAAAACGGUUGCAGUCAGAUGAAGCAACGGGACGAUGAGUGUUUUGGUGACGGAAUGGACGGUGGCCUGGACGCAGACUUUGAUUUUGAAGGAAAUUUGGCCCUCUUUGACAAGGCGGCAGUUUUUUCAGAGAUUGACACGUCAGAGCGUCGUAAUGGGGUGAGAUCACGAGGUACACCUCAGGAGCAAACACCCUCACGGUACCGCCACGAUGAGAACAUUCUAGAGGGCAAACCUGUAGUGUACAGGCAGAUCACAGUACCACAGCCUGGGGCCAAAGAAUACUGCACUGACCUGCCAGACACCCCAGUGGAUCUUAUCAUCAACUGCCUGGACUGCCAUGAGAACACAUUCCUGAUGGAUCAGCCUUGGUACAGAGCCGCUGCAGACUGGGCUAAUCAGAACCGUGCACCAGUACUCAGCAUAGACCCUCCUGUUAGUGGACGGGGACCGGCAGUGGAGGCCAAAUGGUCCCUCUCCCUUUGCCUCCCCCUUCACUUAGCAGAGGGGGCUGGCAGGGUUUACCUGCGCGACAUAGGUAUCCCCCGUCAGGUCUUCCAAGAAGUGGGAAUCAAGUACCAUUCUCCUUUUGGGUGCAAAUUCGUCAUCCCUCUGCACUCAGCGUAAUGGGACUGAUGGUUGAACCUUUUACCACCCUGGACAGCGACAAAGCCUUCACCGUUUAUCUAUGAAGUUACUGACAUUUCACCACGUGAAUGUGACUUCUCCCUGCAUUAGUUCUUCUGGACUACAUGCUUGUUAAAUGGGGAGAGGACAGCUUUCUCUUUUGAAAAAAACCUCAUUAGCAUCGCUCACUAUAAGUUGCAGUAAACACAUAGAUAAUGUAUCUAUAUAGUGCUUGAGAUAAAGAGGUUCUUCGAAUCUACCAUUUAAAUGACUUGGUUAUCUAAUGUACUGUAGAGUUAAAUUGGGUUUAUAUAAUCUCAGAUUUGAAAAUUGUGACACGAACGGCAUUCAACAAUUGGCCUUUCAUGAAAAACAUUUCAUGAAAGUGGGGCAGCUAAUGGUGUAUAAUGACGACAAUAAUACAAGUCUACAUACAUUGUGACCAGUUUUCUUUCCAUGGUGUGUCAGAUUGUGAUGAUACAGCAUGCAUAAUCUCUCGCUCUUGUAAUUUCUUAGGGUUUUUUUUGUUAUAUAUUUUCUGAAGUACCUUGACUGUUUCAUUCAGUGCAUUAUUUUCCUACAAUUAGAUUGUUUGGUAGGCUUCCAUUCAUAUCAAAGUAGAUUCAGUGGCAGCUUGUCAUUAAAUGGCUAAAGUUUACAAAACGCAUUUCUAAAGUUUCAAACCCGAUUUUAUUGUAAGAGAAGUUGAGAUGUACAAUUGAACAAUCACCAAGAUGCAACCUACUUUGAUAUUAGGUGUUAUUGCCUCCGUGUGGCAGGAGAAGACCUUUUCAUUCUGAAGCCAGAGCUCGUACUGCAAAAAAGAAAGUCACGUCCUGUUUGGGCCACAAAACAGGCUCAUUCUUUUAGAGAGACUGCUUGUUAUAAUACAUAUCGAACUGUGUCUUGUGCACAUGAGCACUUCCAUUUCAAUAUUCCCAAAAAAACAAAGACAAGUUUGUGUGAUAAAGUUGUAGAUUUAUAACACUGGUUGUUGUAAACAGGACAGUCGACAAGACUCGCAAAGUGUACGUUGUGUGGGGCUGCCGCACAAUUUAGCUUAAAGCUAAUUUGUUUCUGUGGGUGAUGAGUUGAAUUCAUGACAAGUCAGUGAUGAUGAUUUAGGCUAUUGUUUCUCAAUAUUUAUUAACAAUGCCAUUACUGAAAGAAAUGUUGCAUACUUCCAGUUAAUUACCCAUAUAUAAGUAUAUGGGUAAAACUCAUAUAUAAGUGUUAUUUUGCAUGUUUAUUGUUAAGCGUUGGUAACAUUGUAAGGAACGAAAAACGUUUCUUUCAUACUGUUGCUCAGGUUUUUAUUGACAUCUACAUGUCGGUAAUAUUUCUGCAGCAUAUAUACAGACCCUUUCCAAAAAAUUUGAAUGUCAUGGAAAAG